GAUACCUGCAAGGCUCGUCUGGGCAGCCAUGGCAUCCACAGCGUCCUCGUCCUCGUCCGUCUUCUCGGCCUUCGACAAGGACGGCGACGGUAAGGUGUCCGCGGCCGAGCUGCGCGGCUGCAUGGCGGCGGCUCUCGGCGAGGACGUCUCCGAGGAGGAGGCCGUGGCGAUCCUUACAAUGGCAGACACCGACGGCGACGGGCUGUUGGACCACAACGAGUUCCUGGGGCUUGUUGGCCAGCCGGAGGAAGAAGAGAUGAGGAUGAGGUGCCUGAGGGAGGCGUUCGACAUGUACGCGGCGGAGGAGACGACGGUGAUCACGCCGGCGAGCCUGCGGCGGACGCUGAGGCGGCUGGGGUGGCAGCAUCAGCAGCUGAGGGUGGAGGACUGCAGGGCCAUGAUCUGCCGGUUCGACCUCGACGGCGACGGCGUCCUCUCCUUCGAUGAGUUCAGGGUCAUGAUGCUCAUGGCAUAGACUGCAUUUGUUCUUUCAUUGUUGUCAAUUAAUUAAAAACUACUUACUUACUUACUGUCUGCGUAUGUAAAGAUUAUCAAAUGGGUUUCUCAUUUGCGUGACCAUAUGUGAUGAGAGAGAGUCCGUUUUCGUUCAAUCCAUUUCCAGAGGUCGAUCGAUUGAUUCGCCCUACUACAAGUAUACUGUUGGCAUAUAUACAUGUGACC